AUGGACUCAAUCAAAAUUAAACAACAAUCACAAGGUCGUUACACCACAUAUCCUCAUAAAAUUCUUGUUGUUCAAAAUUGGCCAUUGCCAAACACUAUUAAGCAGUUGAGGGGGUUCAUUGGUUUAGCUGGAUACUACAGGAGAUUUAUACAAGAGUUUGGCAUUAUCAGUAAGCCCUUAACUGAUCUUCUAAAGAAGGAUAGUUUCAAAUGGUCAUCAGCUGCUACUGAUGCUUUUGAAGCACUGAAGAUAGCCUUAACUAAGGCUCCUGUUUUAGCCUUACCUGAUGUUAGCAAAACUUUUGUAGUAGAAACUAAUGCUAGUGGUUUUAGCAUAGGAGCUGUCUUGAUGCAACAAGGACACCCUAUUGCAUUUAUAAGCAAAGCAUUGUCACCCAGACAUGCUUCCAUGUCUGUUUACGAUAGAGAGUUUCUUGAUGUGGUUCAUGCAGUUUCUAAAUGGUCUUAG